GGGUGUGGUUAACGACCGAAAGGAGGAGGUGGGUGGGGGGAAAACAACCUGUCAGCCUCUUACUCAGCCUCUGCGGGCUGAGCCUUGCGUCCUACCUGCGGGCGGCUGCACUCACCUUGCCCAGCCCGGAGCCCUGGCCGGAGUCCGCGCCUCGCCCGAGGGACUGCAAUGUGCUGGUCCUAGCUGCAGUCUGAGAGGAUGUCCGGGGUGUCUGAGCCCCUGAGCCGUGUAAAAGUGGGCACUUUGCGCCCGCCCGAGGGCCCCCCAGAGCCCAUGGUAGUGGUACCAGUAGAUGUGGAGAAGGAAGACGUGCGUAUCCUCAAGGUCUGCUUCUACAGCAACAGCUUCAACCCAGGGAAGAACUUCAAGCUUGUCAAAUGCACAGUGCAGACAGAGAUCCAGGAGAUCAUCACCUCCAUCCUCCUGAGUGGGCGAAUAGGGCCCAACAUCCAGCUGGCUGAAUGCUAUGGGCUGAGGCUGAAGCACAUGAAAUCAGAUGAGAUCCACUGGCUGCACCCACAGAUGACUGUGGGCGAAGUGCAGGACAAGUAUGAAUGUCUACAUGUGGAAGCCGAGUGGAGGUAUGACCUUCAAAUCCGCUAUUUGCCAGAAGACUUCAUGGAGAGCCUGAAAGAAGACAGGACUACACUGCUCUACUUUUAUCAACAGCUCCGGAAUGACUACAUGCAACGCUAUGCCAGCAAGGUCAGUGAAGGCAUGGCUCUGCAGCUGGGCUGUCUGGAGCUCAGGAGAUUCUUCAAGGACAUGCCCCACAAUGCACUUGACAAAAAGUCCAACUUUGAACUCCUGGAAAAAGAAGUCGGUCUGGACCUGUUUUUCCCAAAGCAAAUGCAGGAAAACUUAAAGCCCAAGCAGUUCCGGAAGAUGAUCCAGCAGACCUUCCAGCAGUAUGCAUCACUCCGGGAGGAAGAGUGUGUCAUGAAAUUCUUCAAUACUCUGGCGGGCUUUGCCAACAUCGACCAGGAGACCUAUCGUUGUGAACUCAUUCAAGGAUGGAACAUUACUGUGGACCUGGUCAUUGGCCCUAAAGGCAUCCGUCAGCUGACAAGUCAAGAUACAAAGCCCACCUGCCUCGCCGAGUUCAAGCAGAUCAGAUCCAUCAGGUGCCUCCCCUUGGAAGAGACCCAGGCAGUACUGCAGCUGGGCAUCGAGGGUGCCCCCCAGUCCUUGUCCAUCAAAACCUCGUCCCUGGCAGAGGCUGAGAACAUGGCUGACCUCAUAGAUGGCUACUGCAGGCUGCAAGGAGAACAUAAAGGCUCUCUCAUCAUUCAUGCCAAGAAAGAUGGUGAGAAAAGGAACAGCCUGCCUCAGAUCCCCACACUAAACCUGGAGUCUCGGCGGUCCCACCUCUCAGAAAGCUGUAGCAUAGAGUCAGACAUCUAUGCAGAGAUUCCUGAUGAGACCCUGCGAAGGCCAGGAGGCCCACAGUAUGGUGUUGCCCGUGAAGAUGUAGUUCUUAACCGCAUUCUGGGUGAAGGCUUCUUCGGGGAGGUCUACGAAGGUGUCUACACGAACCAUAAAGGGGAAAAAAUUAAUGUGGCCGUCAAAACCUGUAAGAAAGAUUGUACCCUGGACAACAAGGAGAAGUUCAUGAGUGAGGCAGUGAUCAUGAAGAAUCUUGACCACCCUCACAUCGUCAAGCUGAUUGGCAUCAUUGAAGAGGAACCCACAUGGAUCAUCAUGGAACUGUAUCCUUAUGGGGAGCUGGGACACUACCUGGAGCGAAAUAAAAAUUCCCUGAAGGUACCCACUCUGGUCCUGUACGCUCUACAGAUAUGCAAAGCCAUGGCCUAUCUGGAGAGCAUCAACUGUGUCCACAGGGAUAUUGCUGUCCGGAACAUCCUGGUGGCCUCUCCUGAGUGUGUGAAGCUCGGGGACUUUGGGCUCUCCCGGUACAUUGAGGAUGAGGACUAUUACAAAGCUUCCGUGACCCGUCUCCCCAUCAAAUGGAUGUCCCCCGAGUCCAUCAACUUUCGCCGCUUUACAACUGCCAGUGACGUUUGGAUGUUUGCUGUAUGCAUGUGGGAGAUCCUCAGCUUUGGGAAGCAGCCUUUCUUCUGGCUUGAAAACAAGGAUGUCAUCGGGGUGCUGGAGAAAGGGGACAGGCUGCCUAAGCCCGAACUCUGCCCGCCUGUCCUUUACACACUCAUGACCCGCUGCUGGGACUAUGACCCCAGCGACCGGCCCCGCUUUACGGAGCUUGUGUGCAGUCUCAGUGACAUUUAUCAGAUGGAGAGGGACAUUGCAAUAGAACAAGAAAGGAAUGCUCGUUACCGACCCCCCAAAAUAUUGGAGCCCACUGCUUUUCAGGAACCCCCACCCAAGCCCAGCCGGCCCAAGUACAAACACCCUCCACAGACCAAUCUGCUGGCUCCUAAGCUGCAGUUCCAGGUCCCUGAGGGUCUGUGUGCCAGCUCUCCUACACUUACGAGCCCUAUGGAGUAUCCAUCUCCAGUUAACUCGCUGCACACCCCGCCUCUCCACCGACACAAUGUCUUCAAGCGCCACAGCAUGCGGGAGGAGGACUUCAUCCGGCCCAGUAGUCGAGAAGAGGCCCAGCAGCUCUGGGAGGCAGAGAAGAUCAAGAUGAGGCAGGUCCUAGACAGACAGCAGAAGCAAAUGGUGGAAGAUUCCCAGUGGCUGAGGCGGGAGGAAAGAUGCUUGGACCCGAUGGUUUAUAUGAACGACAAGUCCCCACUGACCCCAGAGAAGGAGGCCGGCUACACGGAGUUCACAGGGCCCCCACAGAAGCCACCACGGCUCGGUGCACAGUCCAUUCAGCCUACAGCCAACUUGGACAGGACUGAUGACCUCGUGUACCACAAUGUCAUGACCCUGGUGGAGGCCGUGCUGGAACUCAAGAACAAGCUCAGCCAGCUGCCUCCCGAGGAGUAUGUGGUGGUGGUGAAGAACGUGGGGCUGAACCUGCGGAAGCUCAUCGGUAGCGUGGACGACCUCCUACCCUCCUUGCCAGCAUCUUCUAGAACAGAGAUUGAAGGGACCCAGAAACUGCUCAACAAAGACCUGGCAGAGCUCAUCAACAAGAUGAGGUUGGCUCAGCAGAACGCUGUGACAUCCCUGAGUGAGGACUGCAAGCGGCAGAUGCUCACAGCAUCCCAUACCCUGGCUGUGGAUGCCAAGAACCUCCUGGAUGCUGUAGACCAAGCCAAGGUUGUGGCUAAUCUGGCCCACCCGCCUGCAGAGUGAUCAAGGGAGGGACCACCUGCCUGCAUCUUCUGCCCCAACCUUUCCUGCCUUGCCUUUGGUUAUUGGUCUUCUAGGGAAAGCUGAGAAGAGUCCUCCCCUUACCACUUUGCACGACCCCCCUUCCCCAACCCACCCCAGACUGUGCUACUUGGGCUACAUCUGGACAGAAAGGACUCUGGGCACAGACACGGGGUGGGGUGACAUAGUUCAUAGGGGUACUUCUGCCAGCCAUUCCCUCCUACCCCAGCCUGGGUUGCUGGAGCAUCAUUGGGGUCAUAACUGUACCCCUACCAGCCAAGAUGGCUUUCUGCAUGGACAUUUGAGAGCCAGUAUUUCUCUGUCCUCUUUAGCCCUCAGGGACCCCUGAUACAGAGGGGACAGAGAGGGGUUUUAUUUGUAGAGAAGCUGGUGAGAUGAGAGCUGGGCAUGGCUCUCUUGUACAGUGUACAUUGGAAUUUAUUUAAUGUGAGUUUGGCCUGGACAGACAGCCAUGGGCCACAGUCCAGGAACAAGCUAAUCCAGCCACAGGGAAGAAGCAGAGUCAGGGGUCAGAACGGGACCUCACGUCCUCCCUGCGUUUCUCUUCUCCCUCUUUCCUCCUCCCCUCUUUUCUUAGUCCUCCUUUUUCUCUUCCCCCUUUUCACAUCUGUUCCUUUCCUCUCUCACAUUUGUGGAGAACAUCCAUUUACUUUUUCUCUUUUUGAUCUGUGGUUGAAUUAAAAUCAUUAGCAUUCGCUUUGUGGUUA